AUGACAGUCGACUCUGAACUAUUAAUGCCUAAAAGUAAAGCACCAAAAAUGGAUGACCUGGACUACAUCCCAGUAGACCUCAGCCCAGAGGAGCGCUCUGAGCUGGAGGACAUCCGCAGGAGGAAGGGCGUCCUGCUGCAGGAGAUCCAGAGACUCCGGGAGGAACUACGAGAGGCCAUUAUGGAGGUGGAGGGACUGGAGACCAGCACAGAGGGCAGUAAAACUCUUCAGAAAAGCAGGCAUGUGGCGAUGGGAAGGAAGAAAUUCAACAUGGAUCCCAAAAAGGGCAUCGUGUUCCUGGUGGAGAACGAGCUGAUCAGACACACUCAGGAGGACGUCGCUCAGUUCCUCUACAAAGGAGAGGGCCUCAACAAGACUGCCAUCGGAGAUUACCUGGGAGAAAGGGACGACUUCAACCUCAAAGUUCUUCAGGCUUUCGUUGACCUCCAUGAGUUCACUGAUCUCAACCUCGUCCAGGCCCUCAGACAGUUCCUGUGGAGUUUCCGUUUGCCCGGUGAAGCCCAGAAGAUUGACAGAAUGAUGGAGGCCUUUGCUCAGAGAUACUGCCACUGCAACCCCGGCGUCUUCCAGAGCACAGACACGUGUUAUGUGCUGUCAUUUGCCAUCAUUAUGCUGAACACAAGCCUCCACAACCCAAAUGUGAGGGACAAACCCGGACUGGACCGCUUCAUCUCGAUGAACCGAGGCAUCAACGAGGGGGGAGACCUCCCCGAGGACCUGCUCAGGAAUCUCUUCGAUAGCAUUAAAAAUGAGCCCUUCAAAAUCCCAGAGGACGACGGCAACGACCUGACGCACACCUUCUUCAACCCGGACAGAGAGGGCUGGCUUCUCAAACUCGGGGGACGCGUGAAAACCUGGAAACGACGAUGGUUCAUUCUCACAGACAACUGCCUUUAUUACUUUGAAUACACCACAGAUAAGGAGCCGCGAGGUAUCAUUCCUUUGGAAAACCUUAGCAUCCGGGAGGUAGAAGACCCAAGGAAGCCUAACUGCUUUGAGCUGUACAUCCCCAACAACCGUGGUCAGCUGAUUAAGGCGUGCAAGACGGAGGCUGAUGGGAGGGUAGUAGAAGGAAACCACAAUGUGUACCGUAUCUCCGCCCCCGCACCGGAGGAGAAGGACGAAUGGAUCCACAGCAUCAAAUCUGCUGUCAGUGUUGAUCCCUUCUACGAAAUGCUCGCUGCGAGGAAGAAACGUAUAUCACUGAAGAAGAAGGAGGAACAACCGUAG